UGCGGGCCACUUGGGGACUGUCCAGGUCUAACCAGUGUGAAACCAUGGCAAACCGCUGCGGUGUUACUUUCUUAGUGGCAUUCAUGCUGCUGGUAUGCUUCACAAGGACUGAAGUCGAAGCUCAGCAGUGGCAGUCUCCAAAAAAACAACUUCCACAGAACAGCGUUCCACAUCAGAAUCCAUCAGGGCAGAAUCCUGUAAAUCCUGGAGGGCAGACUCCUGUUAAAAAUCCUUCAGGGCAGAAUCCUGUAUAUAAUCCUCCCGUUUGGCAGGUUCUUCAAGGGCAGAAUCCUCAAACUCCCGGAGGUCAGAGUCCUGUUAAAAAUCCAACAGGACAGAAUCCUGUAAAUACUCCUCCUGUUUGGCAUGUUUCUCAAGGGCAGAAUCAUCAAACUCCUGGAGGGCAGACUCCUGUUAAAAGUCCUCCAGUGCAGAAUCCUCUAAAUGAUCCUCCCGUUUGGCAGGUUCUUCAAGGGCAGAAUCCUCAAAAUCCCGGAGGGAAGACUCCUGUUAAAAAUCCAACAGCACAGAAUCCUGUAAAUAAUCCUCCUGUUUGGCAGAAUCCUAAAAAAUCCGGAGGGCAGAAUCCUGAUAAAAAUCCAACAGAACAGAAUCCUGUAAAUAAUGUUCCCGUUUGGCAUGUUCCUCAUGGGCAGAAUCCAAAUUCUGAAGGGCAGAAUCCUGUUAAAAAUCCUUCCAAAGAUUGGGGUUUCCAAAAUAAUUUUCCACCAAAGAGCUUGUUGGUGAAUGACAAUUCUCGCAAACAAACGAAGAACCCUGACACCCACCACCCCCCGCCUCCUAUGAAUACCUGUGAUGUGCAUACAAAUACUCGUGUCCCAUGUGGCAGUCCGGAUAUCUCUGCGGCGGGUUGUGAAGCUCUUAACUGCUGCUAUAAUGGCGGCAUGUGCUACUUUGGGAAGAUGGUAACUGUCCAAUGCACCAAAGAUGCUCAGUUCAUUGUGGUAUUGGCCAGAGAUGCCACUUUACCCAACAUCGACCUUGAGACCAUUUCAUUGUUGGGCGAUGGUCCAGGCUGCAUGUGUGUUGACUCAAAUUCUGCGUUUGCCAUCUACCACUUUCCUGUGACAGCCUGUGGCACCGUUGUUGCGGAGGAGCCUGGGAUGAUAAUCUAUGAGAAUAGGAUGACCUCCUCGUAUGAAGUGGCAAUGGGACCUCUGAGUGCCAUAACCAGGGACAGCAGCUAUGAUUUACUCUUCCAGUGUAGAUACACAAGCACUUCAGUUGAGACUCUGGUUGCAGAGGUUCUACAAAUAAAUGACCCUCCUCUAUCAGUGUCUGCUCUGGGUCCCAUCAGUGUGCAGCUGAGGUUGGGUAAUGGACAAUGCCUUUCGAAGGGUUGUAAUGAAGAGGAAGUGGCCUACAACUCUUACUAUACGGCUGCGGACUAUCCUGUGACCAGAGUCUUGAGGGAUCCUGUGUACGUGGAAGUUCAACUCAUGGACAGGACUGACCCCAACCUUGUCCUCAACAUCGGGCACUGUUGGACCACUACUAGUCCAAAUCCUCAUACUUUGCCUCAGUGGGACCUUCUGAUCGAUGGGUGUCCUAACAGGGAUGAUCGCUACAGGUCCUCCCUGGUUCCAGUUGGUACUAGCUCUGGUCUGGACUUCCCAAGUCAUUACAGGCGUUUCAUUUUCCAAAUGUUUACCUUUGUUGACCCCAGCUCACUGGAACCGCAAAGGGAACAGGUGUACAUUCACUGCAGUACAUCAGUCUGCAACACUGGAACUGGCUUCUCUUGUGAGCCGAAUUGCUUCAGUCGGAGAAAGAGACAAUUGAAAGAUGCAGUCCAGAAGAUGGCUGAGCCAAGGAUUGUGGUCUCAUCUGGACCUGUGCUGGUGGUUAGCCCCACAGUGUAAACACCGCAGUUGCAGUUUGACAUUUCAUUGACACAACAUAUUUUUCCCGAGUGUCCUGACUUAAGUGCAAUAUCUCUAAAGUCUACGAGAAGAUGCAUGCGUCAAAUAUGCACUGCAAUGAGAAUGAAAUGGAUUCCUCAAACGCUUGUAAGCAAAUAUUAAAAAGUGCUUUUAUGUGCUGUGAAUACUAA